AUGGUUCAAUUGAUCGUCACAGGGCCUUCUCCAGAGCGGCUCAAGCGCGCGAGAACUCUUCAGCGCAAACUCUUGAAGCUCAUCUCAGCUGCAAGGAGAGCCUUAUUUGAACUUAUUCCAACACCUCGAGAGUCAAGUCUUAGUUUUAAGUGGAGAUUUACUAGUCCUGAAUAUGAUGGAUUUUCUAGUGAACCGGACGAAGUAAACGAAUUCCAUCUACUGCCGCAAAAAAUGACCAUCAAAUGGUCGUUGGAAGAUAUUCGAAAGUGCGGCAAGGCAUUUGAUGGAGGCUUCAUUAGUAUAACGGCAUCAUCACAAUCUCAUACAUGGGACAGACACGAUAUUCACAAGUAUAAGAAAUUUCGAUUUCUUGAUUUCAUAGAGUCUUCACUCGGGCGUUCUCUUAAAGCUCGACCGCAUUGGUUUAGUCCGGUCUCAAAUGAUAAACGGUUCAAUUUCUAUCGAUGGCAGUUCAGCGAGACGUUUCCCGGGUUUUGGCAGAGGUCCUUCUCCCUUUGGCUUUCGGUAAAUUACUUCGAGUUGAACAAUGCUUUAGACACUGGGGCCCUGACAGUUGUUCCAAUUCGUGAAUAUGAAGCUAGCCAGAACAGACUCUCAACGAGGGUUUGCAGGCCAAAAGCGCAGGUAUCGAUUGGUCAAAUGUCACUUUCAGCAAUCGUGCCCUUCCAAGAGAAUGCAAUGCAGAUACCAGCAAGCGAAAAGGCUCAAUGUAAAGAAGCGCCCCCAAGCAUCAUAGCAGGCAAGUCUCAGGAUCAGAAUACAACGCAUAACUGCAAAGACAACUGUGCCCGAGCCACACUCAACGUAGGCUCAACUUUCGCAAUCCAACUAAAAAUUCAAAUGGAACGUGCCAAAACACUCGAGAAUGAGAACGAUAGAUUGAAUGUACAAGUUUUGCAGCUAGAAUACGAUCAGGCAAUGCUGCAGCAAGAGAUCUCAAAUACGCGGAAGAAGGAUGAGAAGGAGAUCGCAGCUGCAAGAUUAGAGGGAGAGAAAAUUGCGGAGGAAAACGUAUUGAGGCUUUGGAAUUCAGCAAAAGAGAGGGGCAGAGUAAUUGGGCGAACUAUCAACUCCUUUAGUUAUACAAACUCCGGAAUUGGGGAAAAGCGGGGCUCGCCAAAUUUCGUACGAAGGAUGCCUCCAGUACGUGCAAACGAAAGUCGCGACCAUCUAUCCAAAACAGGCGCUCUCCAUUCACCCCCACCAUCCAAUCUGGCUUCCCCAGCGGAUAGGGCUACGGCUUCACCCGAAGAUCUUCUUCCUACCAUUGCAACUUUUAGACUCCAGAAUUCUCGCCGUCGGACUGUCAUUACUAAUGCUUCGGUACAGAUACCGCCUGCUACCAAUGCAUUCCACGAGUCUUUUCUCAAUAGAAUCUUUGGGUCUAUCAAUCGCACUCUCAAUAUAGUUCCGCCAUCCCAUAUUCCAAACCCCGUUCAAUGGACGAAAUUUUUCAACAUAAAUUUGGACACUCAACCAUAUAUCUUCCCUUUAUCAAACCCUAUGCAAACUUACGGUCAGAUUGUCCAUUUUGUCUCCCAAGCUACGGCGGAAUCACCUCGAGUGACGCAAGGAACCAUUUAUCCUACUUUUUUGCGACUUUCACAAGAUACAGACGAAUAUUAUUACAUCGGUCAUUUUGUUGUAAGCAGUGUGGUCACAACAACAGAUUUCAACCAAGUCUUGGAAAAUUUGCCCGAUUUUUCGCCAAAUGAGAAAGGUACCAGACAGAAAUUGCUGAAGGAAAGAAAUCGGGCUUUGGGCUCUACAUCAGUACUGGAAAAUGAUUUACCGGUCAACUUUUACACUUUGCAGCAUGUCUUCUUUGGAGAAGAACAAUACAAGAUCCUCAUAGAUGCGAAGAACAAGUGUGAUGCUAUGAAAGCUGCAGAUCAUACCAUCGAUCUGUUGAUAGAGGCUGAUAAUCGAACCAACAAAUCUCCCACUUCAUAUGGAACAAUGGAUAAAACUAGCCAAACAGAUUACUUGUCAGAACUGCAUAACCAGAAUUUUACCCCUCCGGGUUUAAAGGUUCCGAUCGCGCCUAAGGCAAUGCGGAGUGAUCAUUCAACUAUCGAGGAGCCGACUAUCUUAGGGUCAAUCCAUCGUAGUUCCAUCCAUUCAUCACGGGUUCAUAAUAUCCCGACAGAGCCAGCAGCAAUGAGAGGUGGCCAUUUGUCUAGCGAGAGUGAGACUUUCUUAGAAUCAAGUUAUCAUAAUUUCAUCCGCUCAUCCCUUUCUCAAACUAUCAAUGUUCCUAAGAGACCAGCGGCGAUGGUGAGAGUGUACCCGCCUGCUUCUGACAAGGAAGUUCCAUCACACUCAAAGCCAAUCCGGUCUAGCACUAUUGGCACAAAUAGUUCUCUAGUAAAUGGAACAUCUAGCGGGCCAGUGGUAGAAGGGAGAAGCUAUACGACUGGUGACAAGGAAUUCCCGAAGAAUUCAUAUCAUCAUGACAUUGUGAGCACACCUCUCACCCAUUUCAAUAAUUCUCAAGGAGCAACUGCGACCUUGAAUGAAAGGCAAACUCCUGGUGGUGAAUUUGAAAGCCUAGCAAACCCCAAUUGUCACCAAACCACGAACUCGCUCUUCUCUCCCCCGCGAAAGAAUCGCGAAGAAACUAUACAGCGAAAAAGAAAACACACUUCAGGUGAUGAGAGCCGAAAUCUACGGGAGCAUUCAAGAUGCUUUGGCAAAACUAUUAGUCCCGGUUCUGUGCAAUUUAAGAGGACUAGGCAUUUGUGA